CGGGGGAUGGAUGAGGUGCGGCUGUCGGGCAUCUGCAGACAAAUCGUCGCCGACCACAGGGAAAAGACCGCUGCCCUCCGCUAAACCCCAACACCUCUGCUCCGUGCCGGUUAAUGAAAAGGAAACAAACAAGCUGUUUAACAUGGAAGAAACUAUUCUCUUGAGCUCCUGUAGUCUUCCUUCCGACAACAAUGGAUGAACCACUUGUGUGUGUUGUGCCGUCAAGGAUGCAUUUGAUGACCAUCUGUAGAUGACUGCAGUGGUGAUCUUGUGUUGCCUGUCACUGCCCUGAUCAAGGAAAAACCAUUAACACCUGUUACAGCUGCACACUGGGCAAGAACUGUAACACAAUUUUUCUUCAAGACUUACUGCCCUCUCACACCCCUCCCUCCACCCAUGGCCGCUCCACUUGGGAAUGCCCUCGUGGCUGAGUAUGAUGGGGAGAUCAGCAUCAAUGUUGGGGGUUUGAAGAAGAAACUAAGCUACCGAACCUUAGCAAGGUUCCCGGAGACCAGGCUGGGCCGACUUCUUCGCUGCUGCUCCACAGAAUCUGUCCUCGAGUUGUGCGAUGACUACGACGAGGAGGAGAAGGAAUUUUACUUUGACAGAAACCCUGCCCUCUUCCCUCUGGUGCUGAACUUCUACCAUACGGGCAGACUCAGGACCACGGGCAAAGCAUGCAUCUUCAUGCAGGAAAUUGAGUACUGGGGCAUUGAGGAGUUCUUUAUCGAUCCACCCUGCUGCAGCCCCGAUCACCAGGGCCACAGCAUUGCAACUGAUCUGGACGAAGGCGAGGAAACGGCCAGUGAUCGAGGCAGCACCACCUCAUCCCUCGACGAGGUCCUAACCUUCUUCAAGGAUGCAUCAAAGUAUGACAGCCAGGUCUUUGGGAACUGCCGGCGGCGGCUGUGGUUAAUGCUGGAAAACCCCGGUUACAACAUCAUUAGCAGGAUUUACAGUGUGCUGUCAAUAAUGAUGGUUUUGGGAUCCAUAGCCACCAUGUGUCUGAACAGCAUGGCUGAGUUCCAGCUGGUGGAUCAACAGGGAAACAACAGAGACGAUCCCCGAUUUGAGAUUGUUGAGCAUUUCUGCAUAGGCUGGUUUACCCUUGAGCUUCUGGCCAGGAUGUUUGCUUCACCAAGCCUGCUGCAAUUCUUCAGGCUCCCACUGAACGUCAUUGACCUGAUGUCCAUCUUACCCUUUUACCUGACGCUGCUGGUGAACCUAGCCGUCGACAGCAGCCCCGCCCUGCCUAAUCUCGGCCGGAUGCUGCAGGUCCUCAGGCUGAUGAGGAUCUUCCGCAUCCUGAAGCUUGCCCGCCAUUCCACGGGCCUGAGGUCACUGGGGGCCACCUUGAAACACAGCUACAGGGAGGUGGGGCUUCUCCUCCUCUACCUGUCGGUCGGGGUGUCUGUUUUCUCCGUGGUGGCCUACACCAUCGAGAAGGAGGAGGACUCCGGGCUGACCACCAUCCCCUCCUGCUGGUGGUGGGCCACUGUCAGUAUGACCACAGUGGGAUACGGAGAUGUGGUCCCCAUCAGCAUCGGGGGUAAAUUAACAGCCUCCGCCUGCAUUCUGGCUGGGAUCCUGGUGGUGGUGCUCCCGAUCACACUCAUCUUCAAUAAGUUCUCCCACUUCUACCGGCGUCAAAAGAACUUGGAAAAUGCCAUGAGGAGCUGUGAGUUUGAUGAGGGUCUGGCUGAAUUACCCCUGCUUAACCUGCGCGACUAUUAUGCAGACAGGAUGAAGUCACUGAUGGUUAGCCUGAACAACAUGAGCAGAGGGUCCUCCACUGAGCACAGUAUGAACAAUUCAGUGCACUGAAUCCACCCUGAAUGUAGUCAUCAUGAUAUAGCACGUAAUCACAACCCAAACCAUUAGAUAUUGUGGAUCUAAAGCAUGUGGAAACAACUAUCCACCAACCAGUGUUUCAAACCCAGUUAAUGUAUACAGUGACGAGCCAUUACCUUGUUCACCACACAUGAACCUCCAAUUAUAUUGCAGUUUUAACAUUGUAAGACGUUUCCAAGAUAAUUCUGAUGCAAACUAAGUCUGAGCAGUACAAGAAUGGAAGAGGAAUCAUUUUUAGAAACACUUUAACAGAGAGAGAGAGAGAGAGAGAAAUGGUGAGUUUGGGAAGAGAAUUCCAGAGCCUCGGGAUCAGACUGCUCAAGCUUUGCUGCCAGUGGCAAUCACAACAAAUUCAAGGAUGAGCCUCAGAGAAUAAGAGGAAGUUACGUCCCAAUGAGACAAUAGAUGCUUUGAACACAGAGGAGAGAAUUUUAAAUACUGGCCUUUUUUUUAAGACUACCAUCCAAUGGUUCAACCUUGUUCUUAAACUGACACUAAUUUGCACAGGAACUAUUAAUUACUAGUCUAUUUAUUUUUACUGGAGAUCAAACCACUUUAGGCUGGAGAAACCAUUACCCAGAGACUAAUAGAAUGUAUAAUUAGGACCAUACUAAAAUAUAAUUCAUUGUAAAAUAUAAUAAAACAUUUUAUGUGUACCAAAGUGGUAAUAAUUAGAAUCGUCCCGUCUAUAAAUUCCAUAGUUACAAUUGUGCAAGUUCCAAGUUUCUACGUGGCUUAUCCAUGUUAAAAGUUUGGCAAAGACCCUCCCUAAAGUGGAAGAAACCCAAGUAUAAGUCACGCAGAUUUUCUUACCACUGAAGCCACAACACUGAAAGGGGACCUCAUUUGAUUGGUAUAUGAUACUCUGAGAAACAGAAGAAUAAAUUUAAUGUGCAGAGAGAAGGGCAAAGCUGUACACAUUACAGAGGUUACAGCAUGGAAGGAGAACAUCCAACUCAUUUAAUUCAUGCCAGCUUGAUGCAAGAGUAAUCUAAUCGAUCCCACUUCACUACACUCCUCCUCAUUACCCCUGCAAAUCCUUUUCAUACAAUUCCCCUUUUAACACCACAAUUGAAUCUGCCUGCACAUUACUGCUUUGGGGAGAGGGUGGAGGAGGUACACCAGGAUGUUGAUUGGCGUAAACAACAGGAAUUCUGCAGAUGCUGGAAAUUCAAGCAACACACAUCAAAGUUGCUGGUG